AUGCCCCCCUCGACGCCUUCAACAACCUCCUCAGCUCCCCGCCGUUCCUCUUCCCCGCUUACCCGCUACUAUCUCUUUGCGUACAAUGCCAUCUCCUUCGUCCUCUGGGCCACCUGUACCAUCCGCGGUGCAUUCCUAGCACUCUCAUCAACACUCCUCCCUGCCAUCUUCCAUGACAUCUACUACCCCUUACUCACGGCGACGCAGUCGCUUGCUAUCCUUGAGAUCUUGCAUAGUCUGCUCGGACUUGUGCGGGCCCCCAUCGUCACAACGGCCAUGCAGGUCGCCAGUCGUCUCCUGCUGGUGUGGGGUGUGAUGGGCCCGUUUUAUGAUCGUGGUGACGGACUCGGCAUUGUUGGUGGUGAUAGCGAGGGUAGCCGGAUUGGAAAUUUGGCUUUCCUGGGCUGUUUGGGCGCGUGGGGUGUGACUGAGUGCAUUCGAUACGGGUUCUUUGCGUUGCAGGUUCUGGGGGCUGCCGUGCCCAAGUGGUGGAUGUGGUUGAGGUACAAUACCUUUUACAUCCUCUAUCCUGUUGGGAUCUCGAGCGAGUGCAUCCUUGUUGUGUUGGCUCUCAAGCCGGCCGCCCUGCUGCAUCCAUUGUAUAGAUCUUUUUUGGUGGCUGUUCUUGUGAUAUACGUGCCUGGUUCCUACAUCCUUUACACGCACAUGAUUUCGCAGAGACGCAAGGCUCUGAGAGGGAAGAGAACCGAUUAA